AUGUUGACUGUAUUCAAUUUUCUUUUAGAUGGUGCACCUCAUGCUGUUAAUGGAGCUAUUGUUUUGUCUCGUAAAAAUAUAUCAUCAGCCUCUUAUUACUAUGGAACUGUUAGAGUGUAUGAUAAUGGAUGGGGCAAUGUAUGCAAUGACUACUAUUAUAAUUAUGCUGAAGCUAAUGUCAUUUGUCAUCAGUUGGGAUACACAGGAGCUUCAAGCUACUCCUGGGCUGGUAGUGUCAGUUAUGGUACAGACUAUCUUUCUAUGAAAUGGGAUGAUGUUAACUGUGCCAGUAGCAGCUAUUUAUCUAUUGCUCAAUGUUCCUACUCUACUAUCAUUGACAGUGGUUGUGUUAACAGUAACAGUUAUGAUGCCACUGUAUACUGCUAUACCACUAGGAUAUGGAAUAGUAAUCCAUAUGCUGGUAUGGUACGUCUUCAAGAUGGAGUUUAUUCUAAUGAAGGACAUGUUGAGGUGUAUUGUAAUGGACAGUGGGGGACAAUAUGCAGUGAUGGGUUUGACUCAAAUAAUGCCAACACUAUUUGCAAACAACUGGGAUAUGAUGCAUCAUUCGGUUUUAAUAAUUUUUCAUUGCAUGACAAUUCCAGCAAUUUAACAGUAUGGAGUCGCUCUAUUCCUAACUUACCAAAUGAU